UGGCGCACAUAAUUCCGUUCACGUGUUCACCAUGGACGAACAAGGUAUAUUUAAACGCAUCAAGGGGUGCUGAGUACUCGUCGUAUCGCACACCUGCGACUAUCAACUCCGCCGCCAUGAAGAGCACACUGACAUCCACAAUCUUCGCCGUGAUGAUCGGCGUUGCCUUGGCUACGGGACCGUAUGGGUCCUAUGGAGGCUACGUGGGCGGCCAUGCUGGGUAUGGAGGAGGAGGAGGAUACGGCAAAAGUAGCGGAAAGGGUUAUGGCGGACAAUACGGCGGUGGCUACGGUACAACCUCGGGCGGAUACGGAGGAGUCUAUACCAUGCCACACAGCGGACACUACACUGGCGACUACAUCCCGGGUUAUGGCGAAAAGCAGCCCAGCUAUGGUCAAGGAGGUUACAGCACUGGAGGAUACGGCGGUGGCAACCAGGACGGAUAUGCCACAGGUUACUACUGAGAAUUCGACGUAGGAUUAGUCACGCAAAUGGAAUGUAGAUGAACAAUAAAACUAGUUCGCAUCGGAAGUAAA